GAGGUGUGCAGCCUGACACGCCUGAGACCAUGUGAGGCGCAAACUGUCCAUUUAAACCGACAGUUUUUACUGUUAUCUCCCGCGUCCUGCGCCAUUUACCUUUAACCAAACGAAUACCGUUUAUAUGUGAACAAAAUCCCGCUGGCUGCAGUUUCCCUCUUCUCUGCACGUCUUCAAAUAAAACCGAACAACCAGCAACAAAAUAAAAGCAAAAUUUUUCCACAAGUUUUAUAAAGGAUACUAUUUGAUCGUAUAAACAAACACACCGACAGAGCAAACUACCCAAGAUGGCGGCAGCCUCAUCCAUCCAGCCGCCGAGCCUUCACUCUUCUCUAGCAGGGGAGAGCGCACUUUCCCCGGAGAUGGACAGCCCCGAGAGCCGGCAGCCUGAGGAUGAGGAGUCGGCGGCAACGCAGCCCUCCGACUCGGGGAUUUGCCUCCGUGACCUGCCGGACCUGGAGCCGGAGGAGAUCGAGAGGAGGCUGGCCAAAACUCGGCAGGAGCUGAGCAACAGGAGGAAAAUCCUCAUUAAGAACCUGCCGCCCGACACCACCAACCAGGAAGUCCAUGAAAUUCUGAAGGAAUAUGAGCUGAAGUACUGCUUUGUGGACCGCAACAAAGGCACAGCCUUUGUGACUUUGCUGAACGGGGACCAGGCUCAGGAUGCCAUCCGCUCCCUCCAUCACAGCACUGUACGUGGACGCCUGAUCAACGUCACCCUGCAGCCCACCGACUCACUGCUCUGCCUCACCAACCUGCCCCACACCUUCACCGCCCAGCAGUUUGAGGAGCUGGUACGCGCCUACGGAAACAUCGAGCGCUCCUUCCUGGUGUACAGCGAGCUGACGGGUCACUCCAAAGGAUAUGGGUUUGUCGAAUACAUGAAGAAGGACUCUGCUUCACGGGCUCGUUCUGAGCUGCUGGGCCGACCACUGGGCGAUCGCUCGUUGAUGGUGCAGUGGAUGGAUGUCAACCAGCUGAGUCAAGAGGAGAACCUGCACUCCAAGUGUCUGUGUGUGAACCGGCUGCCGCUGGACCUCUGCGACUCUGAGGAGCUGACCCAGCUCUUCUCUGAAACCUACAAGCCCGUCUUCUGCCAGCUUGCUCAGGAUGAGGGCAGCCCAGUCCGAGGCUUUGGUGUGGUGGAGUAUGAGAGCGCAGAGCAGGCAGAGGCUGUGCUCAUAGAGAUGGACCGAACGCUGGUGGGAGGACAGGAGGUCCGUCUGUCACUCUGUACCCCUGGCACCUCGGGGAGAAGCACCCUGGCUGCACUCAUCGCCGCCCAGGGUAUGAUUCUGAGUAAUAGGAAAGGUUUGCUACCAGAACCCAACCUGGCCCAGCUGUUGACCAGUAUGACCAACCCUGCUGCCCUGCAGAUCCUCAUGAGACCGUAUCAUAGUGGGAAAAGAGGAGGGAAGUACGGGCGUCACAGCGGCCUGCCGUUCCUCAGGCCUCCUCUCACCACAGCUCUGCUCACACUGGGAAAAGCACACCAGAGUGCCAUGCUUGGUAAUGGACUUGUCCUCCAGAACCUUUUGCACAUGCAGCUCGCACAGCAACAGCUUCUGCACAUCAAAGACAAACGCAUCAGCAGCGUCUCCAGUCUGCUUGGGGACCCGUCCAGGCUGCUGAUGCAGAAGUCUUUGUCUCUGCGGCCUCCAGGCCUUGUGCCACUGGGCAAAGGCCUUCUGGGAGACUCGCCUACAGAACUGGGCCAGGAGUCUGUGCCAUCAUCUACCCACAAUGCCUCAGUCGUGGUAUCAGCAGCAGGUGUGAUGCCGUACCUCCAGGCUCGAGCUGGAGGGGGAGAACCAAACAGCACCCAUUCUAUCUCCACAACCCCUUCUGCUUCCUCCACCUCCUCCGCCUCCUCUUCUUCCUCCUCCUCCACCUCCGGUGACAGGCAGCCAGCUCCUCCUGGGACCAUGGCGAGCUCCCAUCCGCAGGGACAGAGCUACUCCUUGGGAAUAAGUAACUCAGGCCUCGGCCCACCUCCACCCAACCCCCACGGGGGAGUUUACACAACAACAGGCCAGCACAACAGCUCAGAUGGCUGCCCCCUGGCCAGCAUGGUAAGCGGCGGUCAGAGCUCUCUGCUGGGUGAUCCUCCUAAAGAAGUCAGACUGCCCUCCAAUCCUUACCUGAACCUGGCCAGUGUAAUGCCAGGGGUAGUUCUGCAAGGUUCAGUGGGGAGUAAAGCCCAGGGAGGACAGCCUGGCUCCGGGAUGUACGGCACCUCGGUUGCUCCCGUCGCCUCCCAGAGCUCGGCCUCCUUCUCCCACAGCGCGGCAGCCACAACCACAGCCCCAUACAGCGCCGAUACCUCCACUGACUACAGCCAAUACAACCAGGCCUACACGCAGGAGGCCAUGCAGCAGUGGUACCACCACUACCAAGCAGCACAAGCUCACACCUACAGCACUGCUGCUCCACAGGACGGCACAGACUACAGCAAGGAGCACACACAGGCUCCACCAGCGUCGACCUACGGGGAUUACAGUACCUACAUGCAGGCGGUCACUCAAUAUUACACCCAGCCUGCAACAGCCAACCAGGCCUACGCCAGCAAGGAGGUAGAUGUGUGUAAGCCUCUCGGAGUGUCUCUGCACGCCGUCAGUAACGGCGCCGCCCCCCCUCCGGCCGUCCUGCCAGCGGCCGCUGUGCUCCCAGCCUACAGCACCCUGCCUUUAAUGCCCGGUUUCCUCGGGGCGCCACACCCGGCGGCAGCCACGCCGAGCCCCGUCACGCACACACACACUGCCGCCACCGACUGGAACACCUACUACUAUAACCAGACAAGAGGCCAUAAGAGGGAGUACCCUCAGCUGGCGGUGCAGGAAGUGACAUCAUCAGAGGGUGCCUACAUCGGGCAGCACUCCCAAGGCCUGGGAGGGCAGUACGCCGACUACUUCAAGAGGAAGAGGCUCUAGUAUGAACCAAACCACCUUAAAGCCUGAAGCUUAUGGAGGGAGGCCCAUAUGGUGUCUGCUGGAAGUCACAGCUCCCUCUAGUGGCCUUUCUGUGGAGGCCAUUUUGCAUCCCCACAGUAGGUAUUGAGUUUAAUAGAAUCUGGGGUUGCAAAUGGCUCAAGUGAAAGUAAGCCAUAGUGCUCUUUGAUCCUGGCACUUAUGUACACACACAGACACACACACACACAAACACACAAACAUGGUGUCGCUUUUGUCCUGUUUAAGCCUUAACUCUUUAACUUAAAACCGUUGUUUCUCAGUGUGUCAGAUGUACUUAACUUAUAUUACCUUGUACAUUUUUUUCUAAUAUAACGUAAACUGAAGUAUACUUUAUCUGUACGUAUAAGCUGCUUUUGUAUUUGCGGCCAGGCAGUCUGUCUGCCUGCUGAAACUGUCUUAGGACUGGUCUUACGGUCAGGUGUGUCCCCUUUCGUCUCCUUUCAAAAGACAAAACGUGUCUGUCGUUGCACACUUUGAUUGGUCAGACAGACUGACAUCUGUUUCUUCCUGCUUCGGUGUCUUUUCCUCUUUUCCUUUUAUCGGCCAAGUCCCCCUCUUUCCGUGUCCCUGCAGAGAGUCGGAGCGCGCGUGUGUGUUAAUGCGUGUGUUGAUAUGCUGUUUCCGUAGGAAGUGUCAGCCAUUUCAAUCCCAACGUUUGGGAGCACAUCAGGAAAAACAAAAAGGGCCUGAACCAAUCAAAGCCCUUAAUUGUAACGACUUACAAUAGCUUCCCUCAAGGAAUGGACCUUUCUUAUAAAGACUGGACAGGAAAUAAAAAAAGGCUGGUGUAAAUACGGUGUGUGAUACAGAAUAUAUAAAGCCAUGCGUAACAGACAAUACCGUAGUUAAAGGACAUUUCCCAGCUCUCGUGUGAGCAUAUUGUACAGCAUGAAUGAAAGGAAAACAUUUACUAAGUGUCUGAUUUUUUUUUUCCAAUAUAUCUUGAUAUCUAUUUGUAAUAUAAUAUAAUAAUAUUCCAAGGCAAUUCAAGUCAUUUAUUAAUACUGAAUCAAAUUGUGUUGACUUAAUUGUGGUUAUCCGCUUUGGUUUUUGACAUUUUAAGCCAAAUAUUAGGGCACAGUCCUCCUCUUCUCUUCUCUUCUCUUCGUUAACACAUUCGGGUGUGUUGGUGCAGAUCUGUAACAGGAGCUUUACUUCCAUUUUCAGCUGUCAUUACAGCAUAAAAGCUCCAGGCUCUGAGUGUCUCCUGAAUCCGUGCUGCAUACCACCUGAAAGCUGAUUUUGAGUAAUGUGGUGCGUUUGCAUCAUCCCUACUCAUAUCACUCUCUAUAAAUUUGAAAAACUCUUUCUAUAUGGAAAUGGAAGAGCUGCUCACAGAUAAUUUAACUUAAUUUAGAUAAUUUAACGUUUUGUGGUGGUGUCUUGGCUCCAGGAACACACCCAAAAGGAUGACAAUAUUACAGUCUCUGAAGUUUAAUUGGUCCUGAAUUUCUAAUUUUAUGGCAUUUGCACAUGUUGCAACAUUUCUUAUAAAACGGUAUGCAAGUGUUGAUUUUCUCUGUGUACUGGCUGCACAGUACAGUGAUACUAUAGAGAUUAGUGUACACCGUGUACAUUUGGUAUGCAGUAUGAGGCUGGGACACGGUCUUGGAUCUCAUCACGUUCUGCUCUAACGGCCCCUGACCGUCUUUAAGUUUUUGUGGGAAACAGAAGAAGGCAAACUAAUAACUUUAGUCUUCGCAGAGUUUUUACAAACAAUUUACAAGACUUUUGUUCCUUUUUCAGUCUUUUUCUUUUUGUUUUUACCACUGCAGUUAUUUCUGUUCUUAAACAAAGGCUUCAUGUCCGGGAGGCUUAUGUGAUGUUCAUUGCGAAGGAGAGGGCUUAGGAUUUUCUUGUAUGGGCCUGGACAUUAGGUUUACUCUGUACGCGGGCCUCUUGUCUAACAAACUGGCAAUAACUAAGUCUCCUACUGUUGUAGAAAGAUGAAUGUACAGUGUCGAUUUUCUAACGUUAAACGCCAUCCCCUCAGUGCUCACACACUGUGAAACCCAAGAGCGGUCGGGAUCGGAUGAAGCGUACGCGUCAAUUUGGCGACGGCCGGUUGGAAACAGGGCGCACACACGAUGUUUACAUGAGCCAACAGUAACAGGAUGCAGGAGUGAUGAUGUGCUGGUUAUUAAACUAAGGGCAAUACGUGUACCUGUGACGCAUGACAGAGGGUGCGUCCAUUGAAUAUUUUGUGGAAGAUGCGGAUGAGACAAAGAGGAAACAGAGGAGGAUGUUCACAUUCACUCCGCUAGUUUUUUGUUUUUUGCACAGACGAGCAGGAAGACGAUCAGGCACAGGAGCUGCCGUUCAUAGUUUUGUUUGGUUUUUUUUGCACCAUUGUGUGCCUGUCUGGGUGCUUAUGUUUAGCAUAAUGAAGUUUUUCUUUUUUCUCUUGUAUUAUCAUAAACCUGUUGGGGAGGCAUUUCUCCAGCUGCUGGUGUCCUGCUUUCCACUGAGUAAACUUUAUGUAUGUCGUGUCUCAGAUUAAUCUUAUAUUUGGUUUCCUAGUUUUUCGGUUUUCCCCAUUUUUCUUCCAGGUUUUUGUGUUUAUUUGAAUUUGGCUAACUUGUCUUUGCAUUGCUGUCACUUCACUUCUGUUUCCUGCGCGACUGUGGCUGUGACCGUGACGGUUGUGGCACUUUAAAAUGCCUUCAGUGAAUUGUCUUUGCAGGUCUGCACCAUAAGUGAGAUCACACAUUUCUAAAUGUGACAACAUUUUUCCUUUAAAAAUGAGUCGGUCUGUCUUUUCUGCCUUUAAUAAGGGGCUGUAAAUGCUGCUCUGUCAGACUCAAGUGUCUCCUUCGGUUCAGCAUAUUGAUAUACUGUCACGUUAGAGGAAGAGCUCGGAGGAAAACACACUUUCAUCUCUGCUGUUUAAAUUAAAUGUCUUAAAGCACAAGGACAAAGAGUCAGUGUGUAGUAGUCGCAGUUGUGCAGGAUUUCCUCACCUUUUCUGCUGUGCCGCUCCAUCGCCUGAACUUAGCUGUCUGUUUGCUCAGUCUGGCUUAUGGAUUUUUCUGUCCUGAAAUAGCAAACCAAACUCAUUUUUUUUGGGCGAAAGACAAGACAUCCAGUUAGUUACGCAGCCACUAACACAGGGAGUUUCUGUUACAAACGAAAGUCGUGGAGUCUGCGUCUGCCGUCAAAUCUGCUUUCACGUGACAUCUCUGCUUCCAUCUGUGGCCGACUGUGGAAGCCAUUUUGCAUUCUUUCCUCUUAACUGCUUAAUACACGUUUUAUGGCUCCGUGUUCGUCUGGACUGCUUGGCUCAGAGCCGCAGUUUGAUUUGCUUCCUGUUGUGAGUGGGUGAAAAAUAGCCAGCUGGACUCAAAGUGCUCACCUCCACCUCUCUGUAAAGCAAGAUACAGAUACCUGUGUGUGUGUGUGUGUGUGUGUGAGUGUGUGUGUGUGAGAGAGUGAGUGAGUGAGAGAGAAAGAGAAUGUGUGUGUUUGUUUGUGUGUGUUCGGACCAGAGUCGGGGCCUCUGUGUUGUGCUGAGGCAGCAGAUUUGACAGCACUGUCCCCUUGUCUGUUUCCCUUCUGUCUGUCCGUCUGUCUUCCUGGCUGUCUGUUUUCCAUCCCGACUGUCUGCCACAACAUGUUCAGGUACUAAAAUCAGUGAGGCCUGAAUUAUUUUUGUGGAAUUCCAGCAGAUGUGUCAGCUUUUUCUGUGUCGUGUCUCACUUGCUCCAAACCCAUGACUGUAAAUGUGUGUGUGUGUGUGUGUGUGUGUCAGCUCUAAAAUUUGGUGGACUUGAAUGAGCUGCAGGGCCUCUUCAAGGUUUCGCACAUGGACUGAGAGCAGGACUGAGUCUGUCGCACCUGGGCGAAGAAGUGAAGUGUCUCCCUGUCUUCCUCUUUCCUGUGGACUGCAUUCACUUCUACGUUGUUCACACUCAUUUUAAGAAGCUCACAAACUCAUAACUCAGUUUGUGUUGCCAGCAGGUCUUAAAGAUGCCACCAGUUAACUGUCAGAUGCUCCUGUGAUGUGUUAAUGAUCAUCAAUUAUCAAUGUUCAUCCAUCUAAUUGACAAGUUAGAGUGGAGAGAAUUACAAAAGCACGUUUGGAGGAUUUUUCAAUGCGAAACUUCCUCGUGACUUAUUAAAGGUGAGGAAGAAGGAAAAAAAAGGCUUGCAUUUCAUUCAGAACCACACACACACACAAGCUGGUGAACGAGCUUUGUUGUUUGACUGUAGUGACUGUAAAUCAGUGUGGAGCCUUUGCUUGAGUGUGGCAGCUGUAGCUAACAUCAAGCAGCUGGUUGGCGCCGCUAAGCUAACAGACUCUCAGACCUUUCUCAUCAGGGACUGUUUGUGUUGGGUCUGUGGUGCUUUCACUUCAGGCUGUCGAAAGUGCAUUUGGCUCCGAGUGUAGCAGGUUUCCCUUGUCGUGCUCUCGUGUUGUUCGUGUGUUGCCAUGGCAACCCGCACUAAGACGUGUGGGUUCGUUGUUGGACUUGAGGUUGUUUUUAUUCACAUUUGAUAGAAACGCCAGCCUGUUGUCUGUCCUGGUGAAUCCUGCUGGUGGUUUCUUCACUGUUGCUUGACAUUUUGUUUCCUGUACCUUUUAACUGUUGGGAAGCUAUGACAGCCAGGUGCGUACGUGUCCCACUGAAGCCUGAAACUGUUGCUGUGAGAAGUGACUGCACCCAAAAUAAGAAACUUUUGUCUGCUUCCACGUCUUGCAGGUUAAUUAAAGCGUCCGUUUCUUCGUGCGUUCGCUCACAGUCGUUUCAUCGUUUCUGAGCUUAUAACGAGAGUUGAACUGGUGUUUACUUUAACUGGUUGUGUGUGUUGGAACCAGUACCUGUAUGUACUGUAAGGUGUGUGUUUCUGUGGAUGCUCUUGGCAGGUAAUGACGGGCUGAAAGGAAGAGAGGAAUGAGGAAAACAAGUCCAGCUUCCUUCAGCCACUCGGCUGCAGGGAUUCCUUUUUGUUGUUGUUGUUGUUGUUGUUGUUAUGUCUGCCAGACUCCUGCAUGUUGCUUGUGCCUUUAGAGCUGUCACACACACAUUGAAAAUGUCUCCUCACUGCUGUAGUAUUUGUAUUAGCUGGACUCUUGCAGACUUUUUCUCCCCUCCACUCCCACACAGAUCCGAAUCUACAUGAAUGCAUUACUGUCCUCCUGUUUGUACACUUAUUUUUGUCUCUCCUGUGGAUUGAAUGGCCAACAGAAAAACACAAUAUGCAUUUCUACUGCAGGCCAGCUGACAAACAUCAUUCCGCUCUGGCUGGUGAGCACAUAUCUGCCUGCAGUCUAACCGUUUAGGCUCAAACUCAGACACACGAGGUCACAGGUGAGCCUACCGAGCCUACAAAUGUGUCUGUCGUUAGAUGUUCGAAAGUGGCGGCUUUGUGCAGAAUAAUCCCGCUAAAUCCGCCCCCACAAUCACAUUUAAAGGAUAUCAAAGGCAUCAAAUCCCAUGAAUGCCCAAAACCAUUGAUGCAUUCGUUCGUCUCUUAAUACUUUCUGCCCAUUUAGUCCUGCUGAAGUUUUUGGAUUACAAUUAUACAGUUUAAUUUAAUAAAAAGGCUUGAUAAUCUCCCAAAACAGCUGGACACUAGUCUUUAGCAAACGUCAACAGGAGUAAAUGGUGUAUUUGUUUUCAGACUAUUUUCAGCUGCUGAUUACUCCACAUUAGUUGCUCCAGUGAGUAUUUAGUGCAGUAGGAGGACAAUGUCUCAUUGAUGUGUCUUUUGUUGCACAGUGAGCUCUACAGCAUAGAGGAAUAAGAGAAAAUAUAGGAUUAAAAUAUUUACCCGUGAAAUGCAUUAACAGUGUGGCCGUAAGCAAACAGCUGAAUUCAGAAGCCGCCAGCUACAAAGUCUAAAUUUCGAAACUUGAUUUUUCAUUGAGUCAAGAGGACACAACCUGUGAGGGGAAAAAAAGUCUCUGUGGACUGGUCAGUUUUUUAACUCAUGGAUGUAAGUAACUGAAGCCAGGAGUGAAUGUGUUUGUCAGCAGCGUGGACUUGUCAGAGUGAUGUAGCUGAGCUUUGAUGUGCACACUUGAUGGCAGUCUGUCUGUCCAGGGAUGACCUCUGGUGUCUGUGGAUGUCCCUCCUUUGUCUCCCCCCAGCCGUCCACAGUCGAUGCUGCGAGCGGAUUUCCUCCCCGUUCUGGUUUUCAUUUGGCCUCUCACAGCAGCGCAGUCUUCCUGUCUGACCGAGUGUUUCAUUUUUAGGAUGCACCAGUGGACAUGUUUCAAAGAUACACUUUACAUGAAUGUGGCAUGUGCUCAGCGUUGUUUGAAAGUGAAGUUGGCGCCUUGAGUUUCUUGGUUUUGGUCUGGUGUGAAGCUAGAAAAUCUCAUUUGGGUAGGACAUGCUGUCAGAGUCCACGAGCCCUCAUAGUUUUCAUCCUUAAAGGCCGUUGAGUUUGAUGAGAGAAAAGUCAUGACACUCGUCACCUUUUCAUCAGGUCUCCUGCGUUUUUAAAAUCAAUGUGUGCCAUGUAUACAGAUUAUUUGGAAAUGCCAGCUUAGUUUGGUUUUCAGGGUGAGCCUCUGCACGUACUGGUGCCCUUGCAUGUCUACUGUCCGUUGUUUUUUCCUUCUGUUAACUACCAUCCUAAGAUGUGGAUACUGAGAGAAUGUUGUAAGCCUUUUUUAAAUGGUGAAUACAUCAUUUUGGAAUCUAACUGUUAUAUCAUCUUGCUGCCUCCCACAGUUUCAAUAAGAUAAUAUAAAACACAAAUAGUUUCUUAACUGGGGAAGGAAACAGUUUUUCUGUGUGUGGUUCGUUGCCACAGUAGAAUAUCAAACCUUUUUUUUUUUUUUUUUUUUUAGAUUUGGAGGAUGUUGUGUAUUCUUGAGUAGGUUGGACUGAUGGAGAAAGUUUCUCUUUAUUACUUUUCUGUGCCUCUCUGUGCCACCAACUAGGCGUGACGUUCUCCUGAUGAUUGUACACAAAGGGGCCUGGUUCCCCGAGAUGAACACAGCACAAACAGAGCCUGCUGGUGCACACAGGAAGUGAGCGAUGUUCACGACUCUCGUGUAGACGCUGGCUGAGUGAGCCAGCUGCAGUUUGCACCUUCAAGGAUGACUUCUGUUUCCGUGUAGAUGCGAGCCUCAGCUUAUUUCUAUGGUGUUACUAAACUAUGACAUGGGUGUGAAAAUGCAGUCGAUUUUAUUUUCAAAGCGCAUCCGUGUACUUCAGAACAGAAAAUCUUAUUUGUAGUCUUUUGUGGUUUUGUUUUGUUUCCAGACACAUCUGAAUCACUUCAGGUUAAAAUGCAGAAUUUGUUUCUGUUCUUUUUUGUAAACAGAGCCUCUUCUAAGCUUCAGUGCGUUGCCAUUGUGCCAGUAUGUAUUCUGCAUAUUACACAAGGUCAGUGGUGAGGCUGGACUUUGCAAUAGUGAAUGACUUUGCAAUACUCGAGUAUUUCUGAUUUUCUGACACAUUUUAAUGGCUGUAGAUAAAUCUAAAUUUGUUGUGCUUCUUGCUUUGUAAACAAGUUUUGUUUCUUUUGUUUGUUUUUGCUUUUUAAGUAUGUGUGGAUUUUUUUCUCACCUGAAAUAUACUGUAGAUUUUGCAAAAUUUUAUAUCACACUGACAUUGCUAUUGUUUUACUGUGAAUACGGUAUUUCUAGAGCAAUUUUAGCAUGCAUACUUACAACUGUAAUAUAUAGAACAAACUGUUUUGAGUAGUUGAUAUAUUGCAUUUGGACUGACACAGACAGAACACAAAAAAACAAUUUUAUUUAUUUUUUCAUUGUGUAUUUAUGGAUACUUCAACCUUCCAUAAGUCAUACAUUCUGUCUUUUAUUUUGAAAAAUAUAUAUAUAUUUCUUUUCUCGAGCAGAAGGAAUUGUCUUUUACAUUCCUAAAUAAAAUGUGGGCUGAGGAGCUAC